CAUGUUUUGAAUUUUAACUUGACUGUGGUUGAAAUUUCAAUUUUAAUCUUAUAAAAUCUCUUUUAUUGCUUAAUAUUGUAUAAAUAACUGACAUAGUGGGUGCAUUAUGUCGUACUUUGAAUUCUAUACUAAGAACAUCAGCCAACCUAUCGAAACAAAAAGCACAGCGAUUGCCAAAGAUGUGAAUUCAGCGCCAAAAAACAAACCCAGAAGCAAAAUAAGCAAUGGAUUUAAAUCUGAAGCAUCCAAAGAUACUGAAAUUAUAAAAGGCACUUGUCUAUCAAUGUGCCCUGAGGAUGAAGUUAAAAUGCGAGAAAAAGCCAAAAUGGUACAUGUUUUGGAGGUUAUAGACGGUAAGAAGGUUUUGGUGAAAUGCUACAGCCGUUCUGCUGCAGACUCAAUGGUCGCCGUGCCGCGGCUGCUUCGUCCCUAUAGGGUCCUCCAAGAUACUGUACGACAUCUAUUACUCAAAAUAGCACAAAAAGAAGAUACAAAUAUAGCGGUGAUAUAUGACUUUGUGAGUGACCGUUUCCGAGCAGUGCGGCAGGACAUGACAGUGCAGAGGCUUUUGGCUAAGGAGUGCAUGACUUUGUUGGAGCCCAUGAUACGCUUCCAUGUUUAUUUUGGUUAUAAACUCUGUGAAUAUCCAAUAGCAGCAUACGAUCCAGUGUUAAACAAAAAAUUACUUCUAGAGUGUUUAAAGUGGUUCCUAAGCUGCAGUGAUUCCAUGGACCAAUUUCCAAAAGACCUAACUACUGAGAUGGAGCAAUUGAAACUAAACUCUAAUGUAGCUAACAAUAAGAGUCAAAUGGAAAAUUUCUUUAAGUGUGACCACCAAUUAGUGGAAAGCUUAUAUAUACUGUGCAAUCUGGAUGAUGUACAUCCAAUGUACAGAUACUUGAAUUUAGCAAAUAAUUUGAAAAGUCACACAGCUUUAAAGUUAGCUUACAAAAUAGCAGCAGCGAAUUGGAGAGGCAAUUUCGUUCAAGUAUGCAAGCAGCUGGAUAACCUGUGCCCACUGACAUACUGCGCCUUGUGUUUAUAUCUGCCGACUGUGCAAAGACAAGCCCUCCAAGUAAUAAGCACUGCAUACAGCAGCAAGCAAUUGUCAGUACCUCUAAGUGCCUUACGUACCUGGCUACGUUUCGACAGCGACGCAACGGCGGCAAGUGUGUGCGCGCAUUACGGACUGGUGGCCAAUGAGGGGGCAGUACGGUUUACUAAAGGAAACUUCAAGGCAGAUGUCGCUACGCAUCAACCAACAAGAUUACUGCUCGCGGAUCAGAAGAUGGAUCUCUCGCACAAGCAUAUGUUCACAUAUCAGACUGAAGAUUAUGCUUACAGUGCUUGAUGUACCAAACUGUCCAUCGGUGGACCUUAAUUACAAAAGGCAUAAGAUCCACCGAUGGACAGGUAAGCGUGUGGGCGAUGGAUGGUACCAAACAUUUUAUUUACAUUUGAAGGCGGGACAGUGGUUGCAGAUCAUGGUGCCCAGCUUUUAUUUAACCCUUUUCUUGGCAAAGUAUCUUGAUAUUUUUUUUUACAGACAGGUCGUGUUGUUCUGACGCAAGCGAGGCAGUUUUAAUUAAUUUGUCAAGUAAAGGGUUAAAUUCAAUAAUUACUUGUUAAAACCUGUUAACGCAAUAUAAAAUAAUUUUAGAAGAAAAGAUGCAUAAUUAUCUGUAUUAAAGUGCAUCAUGAGAUUCAUGAGUCUAGCUAGAAUGUCUAAAACUGGCUAACGCGCCACAAAAAGUUCGCGGGUCGAUCAUUAGCAGCAUAUUCGCCAGAUCUAUAGUUGCACCUUUAGAGUAAUUAU